AGAAAAUGGCAGCAGAAAGCAGAAAGGAGGCGCAGAAGAUAGGGCACCGCAGGAGAGAAAAGAGGAAAAGCAGCACAGCAACGCAGAGACCAGGAGGAGAACAGGAAUCGAGAAGAAGGGGAACGCAGGGGACCGGAGGCGACGGGAGGAGACCCGAGGACAACCGGGGAUAGGGGCCGAGAGAGAUUUGAGAGGGCCUUUGGCGGGAGAGCUUGAGGGAAAGGAGAGGGGUAGAAACGGAGAGUGACCGGGAAGAAGGAGGCCCGGAAUCCACCUCAGCCGAGCAUCGCUCAGCCAUCCCCGACGCAAGCUUGCGCCUCCUAGCCGGAACCACCAAGCCGCUGCUUCCCUUUCCUCGAAUUCAAGUUUUUGCGAUUUUUGUAAAUAUCCUGCGAGAUGAGCAAUCUUGAGCAGAGGGCCCCUCGGAGAAGGGCCAUAGCAACUUUGACAAGUGCUAGGGGAAGGGCAUCGACUCAAGUUGGUGCCAGAGGAAGAGCAUCGAGACGAGUUGGUGCUAGAGGGAGAGCACUAGCACAAACGGGUGCUAGAGGGAGGGUACCGGUUGAUCCUAGGGUUGAUGGGAUCUUGUAAGCCCUAGAAACCUUGGUGAACGUGGUUGGGCAGCAAGCUCAGAAUCAAGUUACUGCCAUCACAGACGCUACUGUCGCCGCCACCGCCGCCACUGCCGCCGCCAUUGCUGCCACUGUCGCUGCUACUGCUACCACUGCUGCCACUAAUGCUGCUGCUGUUAUUGCCGCACCUACAAAAGUUCCACCUGGAGAUGGGAAUGGGGAGUGGCCUAUGCAUAAAUUGGUGGAGCAGUUUCUGAAGUUAAAACCGCCAAAAUUUACUGGAGUAUGUGACCCCGAGGUUGCAACCAUGUGGGUCCGAGAGUUGGACAAGGUUUUUGCACUGUUAAGGUGUUCAGAGGACAAGGUGACCCUGGCUGUGUAUCAACUGCAGGGUAAUGCGAGCACGUGGUGGGAGGCCACUAAAGGAAGAGUGUUUCCUGAGGGUAUGGUCCCGAAGUGGGAUGCCUUCGUCAAAGCCUUUUAUGGAAAGUAUUUCUCAAAGUGUGGUCAAGAACAAAAGAUGGCUGAGUUCGAAUGCCUCCACCAGAACCAGAUGACUGUAGAUCAGUACGAGACGAAGUUCGCCGAGCUGUCGAAGUACACACCAAGGUUGAUUAAGGACCCGGUGGAUAGAGCAAGAAUGUUCAAAGAUGGUUUGAAGCCAGAGAUUAGGGUCCCGUUGGUACCGCUAGAUCUCAAGGACUAUGACGAACUGUAUAAGAGGGCUCGGCUGAUUGAGAGGAACCUGAAUGAACAUGCAAUUGCAUUUGAGUCGCAGUUUGCACCAAAUAGAGACAAUAAUCAAUUUGGGAAGAGAUCGAUGACUAGAGGAAAGUAUCCUCUCCCUUACAAUUGAAAAUGUGGUAUAAUAAAGUCGGCACUCCACUCGAAUGGCGUGUGCCGAUUCUAUAGAAGGAAGCAUGGAUCAGCCCCAUGUUUUGCUAGAAAGGGAGCUUGUUAUGGAUGUGGCCAGCACGGCCAUCAGGUGAUGAAUUGUUCGCGUAGGCCCAUGUGAGCGCAGGUGCCACUAUCGUAGAUAGGACAAGCAACAGGAAGUGUGUCGUAGAACGCUCGACAGGGCAUUUUGAGCAACCUCUAGUGCAAGGAAGAGUGUAUGCUGUCACCCUUUGGGUGACGGAGAACUCGUACAGUGUGGUUACAUGUAUGGUCUCAUUGAAUGACCAUGUUGCUUAUGUUUUAUUUGAUCUUGGAGCCACGCAUUCCUUUAUUAUUGAGCAAUUCAUUAAGUUAGUUGGGUUAAAUCCAAAACCGUUAGAAGCAAUCAUUAGUAUAUCUACCCUGAUGAAGAAUAAAGUGUUAUCUGAAAUAAGGUAUUUUGGUUGCAAGUUAGUAAUUUGUGAUCAAGAGGAAAGAAUAGAUUUAAUUAUGUUGGCGAUGUUUGAUUUUGAUGUGAUUAUUAGUAUGGAUUGGCUCAACAAGCAACGAGCUAUCAUGGUCUGUUAUCGUGAAGUGAUUCAAUUUAACUCGUUAGUGGCUGGUAGUUUCAAGUUUGUUGAAAAUCGAGGAGGAUCAUCGAUAACUUUAAUUUGGUCGCUUGAGGCAACCUGGUUGUUGGAUGUGGGUUGCCAAGGUUAUUUGGCAACUGUAGUUGAUACGUCAGUUGAGGAGCCAAGGAUCGAAGACAUUGCUGAGGUGUGAGAAUUUUCAAAUGUCUUUCCUGAGGAGUUGCUUGGUUUGCCCUUUGAAAGGGAGAUAGAGUUUAUGAUUAAGUUGGCUUCUAGGACGAAGCCAAUUUCUAAGACAUCGUACUUAUAGCGUUGUCAGAAUUAAAGGAAUUAAAGGCGUAGAUGUAGGAGCUGUUAGACAAAGAAUUCAUUCGUCCUAGUGCAUUGCUUUGGCGAGUGCUAGUUUUAUUCGUAAGGAAAAAUGAUGGUUCGUUGCGUUUUUACAUCGACUAUUGACAAUUCAAUUAAGUGACGAUCAAGAACAAAUAUCCCUUGCCAAUGACAGAUGACUUGUUUGAUCAGUUAUAGGAAGUUACUGUAUUUUUCAAGAUUAAUCUAAUGACAGGUUACCAUUAGUUGAAAAUCAAGAAGGAAGAUAUACCGAAGAUGGCAUUUCGUACGUGUUAUGGUCAUUACAAGUUCACCAUAAUGCUGUUUGGAUUAACCAAUGCUCCAGCUACUUUCAUGGAUUUAAUGAACCAAGUGUUCAAGGAGUACUUAGAUCAGUUUGUGAUUAUGUUCAUCGAUAAUAUCUUGGUAUAUUCGAAGAGUCCAGAGGAGCAUAAACAUCACUUGAGGACUCCAGACCUUAUGAGAACAUGAGCUAUUGAGGACGGUACUUUAGACCUUGUGAGAACAUGAGUUGUAUGCCAAAUUUAGUAAAUGCGAGUUUUGGCUAACUCGCGUAACUUUCUUGGGUCAUUUGAUUUUUGGUGAAAGGAUUUUUGUGGACCUGAUCAAGAUUGAAGCUAUUAUGAACUGGCCAAGACCAACAAUAGUGACUACGAUUCGAAAUUUCUUGGGAUUAGUAGGCUAUUAUAGACGGUUUGUGGAAAGAUUUCCUGCGAUAGCCAUGCCUCUGACGCGAUUGCUAAAGAAAGAAGAAAUUUUGAAUGGAUGGAUAAGUGUGAGCUUAGUUUCCAAGAGUUUAAGCAUAAGUUGACUACUGCACUCGAGUUGACCAUUCCAUCUGGUCUUGAAGGAUAUGAGAUUUACACUGAUACGUCGUACUGGGCUGUGUUUUGAUACAACAUGGAAGAGUGGUUGCGUACACAUCUCAUAAGAUGAGGGUUCACGAGUUGAAUUGUCUGACGCAUAAUUUGGAACUAGCAGUGAUCAUCUUUGUCCUAAAGAUUUGGAGGCAUUACUUGUGUGGAGAACGGUUCCAAAUUUUUAUGGACCAUCAAAAUCUCAAGUAUUUGUUCUCUCAAAAUGAGCUAAACAUGAAGUAGCAUCGCUGGAUGGAGCUUCUUAAGGGACUAUAACUACAAUAUUCUAUAUCAUCUUGGAAAUGCCAAUAAGAUCGGAGAUGUGCUAAGUCGGAAGUUAUCGAUUGCACAAAUGAUAUUUCGGGAGUGAAUUUUGCUCGAAGAAGUUCGAGAUUCAGAUUUUAAGUUUAAGAUAUGCUAGCUUUCAAGUCUUAUGGCUACUCUUAGAAUUGAACCGGAAGUACAGGUGAAGAUUAAGACGCUGCAGUCAACAAACCUUGAAAUCCAGAAAGUUUUGCAAGAGGAUGCGGAAAAGAGGAAAGAUGAUUUCCAAGUUACGAAGGACGGAUUAUUGAGUUUCGUGGACGAUUGUGCGUGCUCAAUGAUGUGGAGCUUUAAGGAGGAAAUUUUAUCAGAAUAGUAGUUAUAGAAUUCAUCCGAGCAGUCAGAAUUUGCGCCAGUAAUAUUGGUGAGGAGUAACUAUUGGUGAGGUGAAGCUUAAAAUUUUCACUUGUCGUCUUCCUCUCCCUCCAACGUAUGCCGGUUGGCCUACUUUGAACGCUAGCACCCGGAGAUCUCAAAUAGUUGACCUUGAUACUGUCACGUCAUCGAAAGAAAACGAGCACCAAAACAUUUAUCUGUUAAAACUAUCCAAAGAAAGUACAAUUUAUUGAAAGUACUUUUAAAUUA